CAUCGCCCGCAGCCGCUCCCCCCGUCCACCAUGCACCAGAGCGGUCUGUCCAGCCCUGAGGGCGGCGGCGCCUACGGCCUGUCCUCCGGCCGCCACGGCUUCUCCAGCUACUCCGACGGCUUCAUGGGCCCCGCCGCGCCCGCUUCCCCAGCAGCUUGGUGCCGCCCAGAACUGUGCGGCUUGGUCAUGAGCAUCCUGGCUAACCCCGGCAGCGUGUCCUCUCAGCCCCAGCACGACUUCUCCAUGUCCCCGCUCCAAACCACCAUGGACUCCUCCCCCUCCAACAGCAUCUCCACCAGCUGCAGCCAGCGGCCGGCCGAGGCCCCCAUAAAGCCGGUGGACAGUGUCCCCUCCUCGCAGCCGUACUGCCCGCCCACCUACAGCGCCAGCAGCUACGGAGUGGACCCGGCCGUGGCCGCCGCCGGAUACCAGUACAGCCAGUACGGCCAAACUGCUGUGGACUACCUGGCUAAAAACGUCAGCCUGUCCGGCCAGCGCAGGAUAAAGCUGGCUGACCACUCGGCUGUCCUGGGACUGCUGCAGGUGGAGACCGGCCAGGCCUACUAG